CGCAAAAAAAACAUGACGAGAAUUCUUUUGCCAUUGGACCCGUGUAGACCAUAAAAAAGUUGUUGAAAUAAAGAAGUGAAAAAACAGGCAACUAACUUUCCCUCCUUUUUUUCUCCCUCGCUUUGCUCCAUUUAAAUUCUUGAUAUUAUUCAAGGGGCUUUCCUUUUGAUACUAUAAUUACCAAACCCUACAAUAUAGUCCGCCUGCUAUUGCUCCCAUGGCGACCAACAACCUCCCAAGCAGACAGGGCGAGCUGGCCCCCGCAGAGACCAGCUCACUAUACCGGCGACCAACGACGCGCAUCAACUUUGGCAGCACGUUGCAAUCAUCCGUCGUGCGCGGCUUCCGGCGUCGCAGCACAACGACUAUGGGCGACAUCAGCUCUAUGCUGGGGCCAGACAACAUCCAGCGACGCCGCACUUCGAUGCUAAGCCGCGGGCCGCAGCAGGACAGCGGCGAAAGCAUCAACUACGACGUAGGUGAUCUCUUCGAUUAUACCGACGGGCCAGCUCCAGUAAUCUCACGGGUUAACAGCGAGACUCUGGCGGGCGCACGACUGACGGCUCUGACAGCACAGCGGGCGAACGCCGAUGGUGAGCUGCAGCCGCCGCCGACGCAGCGCCAGAUGAUCGGUAUGUACUUGGAUGCCAGCGCGGCGGGCAGACGGUGGGAUCAGCUGGACGCACUGCUGAAUACCGCGGUGGUCGCUCUGCACGUGUAUAACACCACGCAUAUUAGCCAGCACCGGCUCAGUGUCCCCUACUGGUCGUUGGCCACGGAGGCUAUUAUCAGCGGAAUCUUCCUCCUUCAGUUCCUGCCGCGGUAUAUGCUGGCGCCGGAUCCGCUGGAGUACUUCCGGAGCCAGUUUUCCAUCAUUACGCUGAUUUCAGCGCUGACACCGCUGGCUGUCGUGGCGCAUAUUUCAGUGGAUCCGUUGAUCUACGACACCUUCAUGUCGGCCGGGCCCUGGGUUUUCCUCUACCCGGUUAUUUUCUGGCGCCUGCAGCCCGCUCUUCUGCGUUGCCUUGUGCCGAUCAAAAACGUCUACAGGAUGACGCCAAUGACACGAAAUGUCCUGCGUGCGCUCACAACAGUGUUCACCACGGUACUGGCAAUCACGGUGCUGACACACAUAAUGGUGUACUACCAAAACAAGGACAAGGGCGGGGAGAUCCAGGGCUUUGACGAGGCACUCUUCUUUAUCGCGGUGUCCAGCAUUACAGGUCUGAGCUCCGAUAUUGAGCCGGACACGUGGUUUACGCGCAGCAUCGUGCUUUUUGUCAUGUUCAUCGGUAUCUUUUGGCUGCCCCCACGCGUGUCUGAGAUGCUCAGCCUGUGGCAGGACCGCAGCCCGUGGCCGGCGCAUUUCGAGGCAGAGUUCAACCAGUCGCACGUCCUGGUGAUCGGCGACCUCGAGUACACUAUGCUGUUCGAGUUCCUGCGCGAGUUCUUCUGCGAGGACCACGGGUUGCGCACGGUCAACACUGUGGUGGUCGUGAUGAGUGAGCGGAGUCCCGGGAAGGAAGUUGCCGAGCUGCUGAGCGACCCGGCGUAUGUCAACAGGGUAAAGUUUGUCCUGGGCAGCCCGACAUCAUUCAAGCAACUGGCCAAGGUAGAGGCGCAGGCAGCGCAGGCGAUCUUCCUGCUGAGCUCCAAGGCCGGCGCCGACGCUGCCAAGGAGGACGCGGCCAAAGUGAUGAUUGCACUGGCCGUGCGUAAGUACCUCAAGGGACACGGGAACUCGCGCCAUCCGGUGCCGAUCUACGCCCAGGUGCUGCUCCCUGAAACCACCCUGCACCUGGAGUACCUCGCAGACCAUGUCAUCUGCGUCGAGGAGUUGCGGCUCGGCCUGUUGGCCAAGAGUGUCAUGGUCCCAGGGUUUGCUUCCCUGCUGCAGCUGCUCACGUCGUCGAUCCCCAAUAAUACGACGGAUCCGCUGGUGCGUGUCGCACGCAAUAGCAGGCAGCCGUGGCUUGCCGAGUAUGCGCAGGGAAUGGCCCAUGAGAUCUAUGCCACGCGUAUCUCAUCUAUCUUCAACGGUGUGCGGUUCCAGCGCGCCGCACAGGUUAUUUUCCAAAGGACCGGCGCCACGCUGUUUGCCCUGCGCGUGCCCGACCGCCGUGUGGAGGCUGGGCCUGAGGACGGGCGCAUUCUGAUUAAUCCGGCCGGGUACAUGUUUAUCGGAGACGAGCUGGGUUUCGUCAUCACGUCUAACUCGCUGGUCUCCAUGGAUAUCGCCUAUUUGACCGAGCAGGCGUCUGUGGAUAUGGGCGAUGUGAUGAGCGAUGACGAGGAGACUACGCCGCUGAUCCCCGGCCUGGCCAUCACCGACGCAGCUGCCGCUGCUGCUGUCUCAGCAGAGGACGCGGGUAUUGGAAGCCCCCUGCAGCGCAAGCUUGCUGUCCCCGAGAUGCAACGCACCUUCCUGUCCCCCUUCGGCGGUAACGUUAUGGAUACGCUGGCUGUGUCGGAUGCGCUGCCACAGCACAUGGACGACGACGAUCAUGACCAAAUGAGCAUUUCCAGCGCCGUGUCCAAGGCACUGAGCGCCAAGCCGUCGAACGAGGAGAGCAGCGACCUGAUUGACUUGAGCGACCACGGCAUUCUGUCGCCAGAGCUGGCUGUCAUCAUGGUGGACGAUGACCUGGCGAAUGGCAGCGACAGCGAGCACUCAGACAGCGCGAUGGCGCCGGCGCCCAAGGUGCAGAUGAAGCGCACACCGCUGGUGUUUGACCCACGGCAGCAGAAGGCGUCCGAGGUGGAUCUUACCAAGCUGGCCGCCGCGACCAGCAGCGCGGAGGUGACACCCAAAACGGCUGCUGGAUCCGUGCUGCCUGCGUCCAAGCCCCAGGGCGCGGAAGCGCCAAAGCCCGCUCCCGUGGGGAUGACGUCCGACGGGCUUCCCGGCGACAUUUCCGGCCAUAUCAUCGUCUGCGAUACCAGCUCGGAGUUCCCUAGCAACAUCAUAUACCUGGUCAGCUGCAUCCGUGCAGCAGCACCAUCGGAGGUAACGGUGAUUGCCGAGGCUGAGACCCAGACCCACGCUGCGCCUGCCGCAACAACAGCAGCGCCGGCGAGAAAAUCCAACCCGUUCGCGUCCCUCUACGAGCAGAUCUCGCGCAGCUACAACGAGCAGCCCGCUGCCGCCGCACAGCAGCAGCAGCCCACGCAGGAGCAGGCGGGUGAGCGCAAGGGCUCGUUCCUCAACAUGCAGCCCAUCGUCAUUCUGUCGCCGGGCGAGCCAACGGAUCUGCAGCGCGAGGAUCUCUCGCGGUUCGGCUGCCUCCACAUUGUCCAUGGGUCGCCGCUCUCGCGCACAGACCUCGCGCGCGUGCGCAUCCACACGGCAAGCAGCAGUAUCGUCCUGGCCAACCGCGAAGAGUCCCUCAACGCCGCCGCUGACUCCUCCAACAAGCUGUCGCUCGCGGGGUCGGACACCUCGGCGACCGCUACGGCCGAUGCGCCGGCGCUACUCAGCGUGCUCAAUAUCGAGGCGCUGACGUACAACAGCCCGGACUUUUUCCUCAGCGUGGAGUUUAUUCAUCGCGAAAACAUGCAGUUUGUCGGUGAUAGCGAGACUAUGGUGGUCAAUGAGGUGUAUGGACAGGCGUUCUUGCGCCCGUCGUUUAUGUCCGGCCGCGUGUAUGCGCCAGUUAUGCUGGAUACGCUCAUCUGCCAGUCGUACUACAACAAGCAUAUUCUGGAGAUCAUGAAGCGGCUGAUCUUCUCGCACGGCAACGUGGUUCAUGCCCUGGGGAUGGCCAAGAUGGAGGAGGCCGGCAUCGACGGUGCGAUGAUGCUGGAGGACGAGGAUGAGGAGAGCUCCGGCCACGUGUUUUUGGUCGAAGUGCCGGAGAGGUUCUAUGGGAGGAGCUACUCAAGCUUGUUCUCGCACUGCUGCUUCAAGCACAGCGCCGUCCCGAUGGGGCUAUACCGCAUGGCCAUCCACCAUCGCCAGCCGUUGUGGUACGUUGUGCCCAAUCCUGCCGUUGACAGCGUCAUGCGCGAGGGUGACCGUGUUUACAUGAUUGCCGCCACACGCCCUGUCCUCGAGUGAGCCGGGAGGGAACGCAGCAUAUGCCGCUGCUGUUUUUUCCUUUCUUUGUGGCAAACAGACGAGAGGUGAUCACAACAUUGGUCCCUUGUAUCCAUUUUGUUGACUGCUUCAUUUUUCAUCUCUGCUUUUUCUUUCCGCUCUUUCUCUUUAAUC